AUGUUUUUCCGGCCCUCAGUCAUUGGUAGGGAGCAGAAAGCUGCUUAUGGUUACAGUGAACGCAAGAGGAGUGAAGCCGAGGAUGGGCAGACUUACAAAUGGAAGGAGUAUUUUCAUGGCGAUCUCAUCGCUGGGUUGACCGUCGGUAUCAUGCAUGUACCCCAAGGUAAGGCAAGGAUGGCCUACGCUAGUUUGGCCGGCGUUCCACCCGUCUACGGGAUGUACUCGUCGUUUUUCGCCUCCACAGUCUACAUGUUUUUCGGAACUGCUCGGCAUGUGUCAAUAGGUCAGAAUAUUCUACUCUUUGGAGUUUUACGCCUCGGAUUCCUCACCACUUACCUCUCGGACCCUUUGGUCUCCGGUUUCACAACGGGUUCGGCGGCUCACGUAAUGGUCUCACAGCUUAAUAAAGUGAUAGGUGUGAAGCUGCCCAGACAUGAAGGUACAGGAAUGCUAUUACUGAUGGUUCGAGAUCUCAUCUAUUCAAUCCCGUCUACAAAUCUUAUUGCUUUACUCAUUUCUGUGGUUGGAAUACUAUUUCUGGAUCUCGGUAGAACUUACAUUAGUCCUCGGGUGAAACGAAUUUCACCUGUGCCGCCACCACUCGAGCUUAUACUGGUCAUAAUCGGUGUUAUACUUUCGAUGACGUUAUCUCAAAGAGAACUACGGUAUUCUAUUGUUAACACCAUACCAAGAGGAUUUCCAAUUGCCAUCGCUACCGAACACCACUCUGGUGCCUUAUUUGAUCUCAGAUGCCGUCGCUAUUGCUGUAAUUUGUUAUAUGUUUGUGAUGUCAAUGGGAAAGCUGUUUGCAAAAAAGCACAAUUUCCUGUGGGAGCAUCGCUGAGCAGGUCUUCAGUUUGUGAAAUGUCCGGAGCGAACACUCAGCUUUAUACAUUGUUCUCAUCCACACUACUUCUUACUGUAAUACUCAGCUUAGGACCAUUCUUGGAACCACUGCCUAUGUGUAUUUUGGCUUGUAUUGUUAUUGUCAGCCUGAAAAGUCUCUUUCUACAAGUGAAAGAGCCUCGUUUCACAGCUGCACAGCUGGACACAAUACCUCCACAGCAUGUUCCUGAAGGAGUGACCGUACUCAAGUUCGAGUCACCACUGCAUUUUGCUAACGUCACGUUGUUCACAGAUAAGAUCUCUGAGCUGAUAACAUCGGUCAAAGAAGAUUCUCUGUUGAAUGGACGGGCGAUCGUUGUGGAUUGCACGGCAAUGGCAUACGUGGACAGUAUGGGUCUGGACGCACUUAGAGAGGUAUACAACGACGCAAAGAAGAGCGAUGUGGCCUUGCAGUUUUGUGGAUUGAAUGACACUAUUCUUGAUAUAAUCAAGAAGGACGACAUUCUGCGAGCUUUCCAUUCCCGUGUUGGCUCUGCGUCGCUCCGUCAACGAAGCCCUUCUCUAUCUAGCUGCCCAGCCAAAUGCAUAAAGGAGAGAACUCAUGGGAAUCCUCAAAUUCUUAAUGAAAUCAAAUUCAUAAUUCAUUCGUUUUGUACAUAUCAUUGUUGGUUGUGCCGAAUUGCUUUAUAA